AUGCGGCGCUUACUUCAAAUAACUGCAGGGAGAAACGAAAGACACACAUACACCCGGGAGCCCUGCGUGGUUCACUAGUAAAGCACCUGUGUUGCGUGUAGAAUGUCUCGGGUUCGAUUCCCGCAUCUCCAGGCGGGGCUGGGAGGAAUCCUCGCUUGAAAGCCCUGCCGAGCCUUUCGACAAGACUGAAAUGCCCACGGACCAAUGGUACGACUCGGCUUCCCCACGUUCCCGCACCUGACUUAAUAAAGAAAUAAAAAACACAUGCAUUAUUUAAACAACCGUUCCGCUGCUUCUUGCAAGGGGUUGGACUAGAGGACCUUUGGGGGUACCUCUCCUAACCAUUCUAUGAUUCCGCCGCCUUUGCCCCGCACGAACAUUGCCCCGCCUUCCACCCGCUGCAAAUGGAAACCGGAAAUCCCGGUUGGAUUUCCUAAGACCUUUCCCCUUUGGAAGUUGUGCGGUUGGGAGGAGAAGAAGGAGGAGUUGGUGGAAAAGCCGACUCGGUGACGUCACCGAAGCCCCACCCCUUUGCCCUUCCCUUCCUCCUACCUCCGCCCCACACAGCGUGCCGACUCGCGCUCGGCCUCCCGCCUCUUUUUCAUUCGGCGGGCAGGAAUCGCUUCCGGGGUCGGCCGGAGAACGCAGGAAGUGACAGGUAAGGGCUUCGCCCCCUUUUCCUUCUCCCUUUACCCAACCCAAUAGGGGAGUGGGCCCGAGACCCCCUCCUCUAUUCCUGGCUUGGGAGCUGCGCGCGCUUCUUCCCCUGAAGGGGAUUGGCGGUUUGGGCGGGGGCGGAGUUUGAGGGUCAGGUUCUCCCCCUCCCACCGUCUGGCUGCCGUCCCUGAGGGUGGCAGUUGCCUCCGCCCUCCGUCCCCUCACCGUUACCUGGGAGGCCCGCCUGGGCUCCUGUUACCUGUGACUCGAAGGAGAGCAGCCCCCGCCCCCGGGUCUCACCUGGAGCCCCUCAGGAGCGGCUUCUUUCGCCUCAUUCCUUCGUUCAUAUAUUAUUAUGCACUCCUUCGUUGGCUUACUUGAAUUGUUCAGACGCUCCCGAGUUCGAAACACGGAGUGGAGGAAAUUGCGAAUGCGAGUGUACCGUGGCGUUGUUUUUUCAACGUUAUUAGUAUUCGGUUGCUUUUUAGUGACGGGUUGUUUUUUAGUUUCUUCCCCCGCUUUUCUUUUUUAGCUGAGCCUUAAGUCUGGGGGGGAAGGCGAGAUAUAUAAAAAAAGAAUGAUAAUAAGAAAGGUAAUCAGCAAUGCAAUAACACAAAGAGGGUUUUUAAAAGCUGCCAGAAAACACACUGCAAAAAGCUUCGUAGGAGAGAAAUGCAAUACUAAGUCAAGGGGUUGGGCUAGAUGACGCUUGUGGUCCCUAUGCAAUUUUAUGAUUCUAAGGAAACAAAUUUAUUGAGAGGUGGGCCUUUUAUGUGUUUCUGAAACACCAAAGUAAAUGACAGUGCUUUUCCUUUAAUUCAUUCAUGGUAUUAUAGUGCUUUUGUUACUCUGUCCCCCCUGUCUGUAGGUCAUUUCCUUGUUGGUUUUAUUUUUUCCUUAUUUUAUUUGGGAUUGUGUUGUUUUUUUGCAUGCAAUCAAGGAUAUUAGAUGUCUAAUGGUUUUUGCUGCAUAGUGUCACAAUGUAAUAUGAAUUUAAAAAUAUUUUAAAAGAAAAGAAAACACUGUGUCCUCAACAUAUACACCUGCAUAGACUUCAGCUGUUGCCCAAGAGAAGCUCUCUUGCAUGUCUUCCCAACCCCCAUCUUUUUAUGCUUCAUUUCCCAAUCAGUACAACCCACCUACUUGCACCUCAGGCUUUGUGACCCUGCACCCAUCUCCAGUUCCAGUCCCCCGAUCUUGACAGAACAGUCUGCCCUUUUGAUGGUGUGUCAGUUAAAAAAAACAAACGUCCCAUUUUUACCUGUAGUUCCCACAUGGCUGGAAAUUCAACAGGUGUUUUCCCCAUCACUGCAUUGCUAGACUGCCAAUGAAAGCUGCAUCUCCUGAGUCUUCCUAUUGAUGAUGAAGAUGAUGGAAAGCAGGGAAAAUAUGGUGUCAGUUGUAUUUCUGCCUAAUACCUUCCUAUACUGUGACACUGCUCCAUUUCUUUCAAUGGUGCACUGUUGUCUGACUCUCAAGACAGGAGUGGGCAGAAGGUGGAUCUUGACCUACUGUUUUAUACAGACCAUUAGGCAAGAUAACUUUUCUAAUGAAGCUGUACCUAACCAUGUAGGAGCUCAGAGUAAAGUGGAGAAAACCUUAUCUUAAGGGUCAAAGCAGAGAAAGGGUAACCUUUUCUUGGUCAGAAUCUGAAUUAAAAAAAUAAAUAGGUAUAAUACUGUAGUAAAUUCUAAAGGGAGGUUCCUCAAGGAUCUUUGCUUUGACUGGUUGUGGUUAGGAUAUUGUGAUGACAAAAUACUAAUCUGUGAUGACACAGUAGCGAUUUGUUUUUAAAAUAUGGUUUAUGAUGAGGCGGCAAUAGCUGUAGAAGUUUCAAAAUAAUUUGGAGAAGUGUACAGUUAUAAAUGCUAAAGAAUUCCUAACAACGGGUUGGAGCCAGAGUAGUUGUAUUUGAGUCCUGUUGAAGUAAUGAGAAUUUAAGUGAUGUCUAACUUUUAACAUGGGACGCGGGUGGCGCUGUGGGUAAAACCUCAGCGCCUAGGACUUACCGAUUGUAUGGUCGGCAGUUCGAAUCCUCGCGGUGGGGUGAGCUCCCGUUGUUCGGUCCCAGCUCCUGCCCACCUAGCAGUUUGAAAGCACCCUUAAGUGUAAGUAGAUAAAUAGGUACCGCCUUAUAGUGGGAAGGUAAACGGUGUUUCCGUGUGCUACACUGGUGCAGGCUCGCCAGAGCAGCUUUGUCACGCUGGCCACGUGACCCGGAAGUGUCUUCGGACAGCGCUGGCCCCCGGCCUCUUAAGCGAGAUGGGCGCCCAACCCCAGAGUCGGUCACGACUGGACCGUACGGGCAUGGGUUCCUUUACCUUUACCUUAACUUUUAACAUUUAUUUUUUAAUGGUACCUAAGUGCAAAUAAUCUCGUUCUGAUGCAACCCAAUGUGAAUGACAGAUAACAUCUACUGUAUAUGAGAUGAGUUAUUCAAGGAAAAUAUAUAUUUCAUUUAUGUAUGUCUGUAGCACAUACUGUACAUACAAACUCCGCUAGGAAACUGGCUUGAAACCAAAACGGAUAAUUAUUUUUCUACCUCAUUGUCCAUUUCAUAAAUUAACUAGUAGCAAUGGCUGAAUGCAAUAAUAGUCUAGCCAAGCAGUUUCAAAAUUUUUAUCAUUGUUUACUACAUACAAGUAAAAUAGACAUGGAAUGAUGGGAAAUUGUUAUGCACUGUACACAUAUUAAUGCCUUGUUCCUUGAGUAGACCCAUGAAAUACUACUUUAGGAAGCUGCUUGCACGUUUAUAUGUAAAGAAAUUAAGGAUCAUUAAGGUUGAAAUCCUUUGCUUACCUGGGAGUAUGAACAGCAGUCAGCAAAACAUUUCAAAGUAAACAUGCAUAUGAUUGCUCCAUGUGAAGCCAUAAACAGCCUUGGCCUGUAUACCUGAAGGAGCAUCUCCAUCCCCAUCAUUCAGCCCGGACACAGAGGUCCAGCGCUGAGGAUCUUCUGGCAGUUCCCUCACUGCAAGAAGUGAAGUUACAGGGAACUAGGCAGAGGGCUUUUCGGAAGUGGCGCCCUCCCUGUGGAACGCUCUCCCAUCAGAUGUGAAGGAAGGAACUGCACAACUUUUAGAAGACAUCUGAAGGCAACCCUCUACAGGGAAGUUCGUAAUGGUUGAUGUUUUGUUGUGUUUUUAAUAUUUUGUUGGGAGCCGCCUAGAGUGGCUCGGGUAUAAAUAAUAAAAUUAGUAUUAUUAUUUAUUACAGAAAGAAAUGUAAGGCAUUUCAAAGAUAAACCAUCUACAUAGAUGAAUGAUAGCCGUAUGCAAAUAAGUUAUUCACAUAUUGAAUACUGGGGGCUUCUUUGGUCAUUGAAUCUUAAAUACUUUUCCUAUUCAAUAAGAGAAUGAAAGGCUGCAAUUUGAUAAUAUUUGAGUUAUUCUCAUGGAAUUAAUGGUAAAUACUCCUGAGUAGACAGCGUAAGUUCAUAUGUAACUUACUUGCAUGUGAACACUUUCAAAAUCAGUAUGUCUGAAAACUGGCCACACAUGGGAAAUCAUAUUUUUGUGACUUCCCUCCCCUAGCCCCACACUGCUCCCAUUUUGUUUUGUUUUUUAAACCUGUCCAAUAAAUAAAUUUGCAUGUCAAUGGGAAGAUGGGCAGGACAACUUCAUUUAAUACAACCCUAUGUUGCCUGCGGGUGGCGCUGUGGGUUAAACCACAGAGCCUAGGACUUGCCGAUCAGAAGGUUGGCUGUUCGAAUCCCUGUGACGGGUGAGCUCCCGUUGCUCAGUCCCUGCUCCUGCCAACCUAGCAGUUUGAAAGCACUUCAAAAUGCAAGUAGAUAAAUAGGUACCGCUCUGGCGGGAAGGUAAACGGAGUUUCCGUGUGCUGCUCUGGUUCGCCAGAAGCGGCUUAGUUAUGCUGGCCACAUGACCUGGAAGCUGUACGCCUGUUCCCUCAGCCAAUAAAGCGAGAUGAGCGCCGCAACCCCAGAGUCGGUCACAACUGGACCUAAUGGUCAGGGGUACCUUUACCUUUAUGUUGCCCCAAACCUUUGUGGCGAAGGGAAAUGUCUUAACAGCACUCAGGAAAAUGUUAUCCUGUGCCAAUAGCACUUCCCCUGUAGAUGCAGUGGUAUCAUUACUCAAACUGCUCAAGAUAUAAAAUUUUCUGUUGCAUUUUCUGCAGGAGCUACAGUGUUACUAUGGCUCGUAUUACACUUGAAGAACUGAAUGAACUGGAUGAUGAGGUCCCUGAUGAAGAGGAUGAACCAAUGGAUGGGGAGGAACAGAACAGGCUGUUUUCUCAUUGGGAGACAGUAGCCAGCACUCACCAAGUGUCUCUCCCCCAAGGUAUGAAUUUGCAUUCCAUUCGCAAUUUUAGGCUGCACCUCCAAAGAGAGGAGGAAGUAGAUUUUUAAUCUGCAAGGCGAGGUCUGCUUCUACUUGCCUUUGAACGUCUGCCUUCUCAUGCACAGCCUCUAGCUCAAAACUGUUCCCACAUUUCAUUUUUUGUUUUCUAGCAUGCAUGCACACACACCAAGGGCUUGUCCACAUUUGAGCUUUAUUUAGCUGUUAAUCUCUCCCCCCCCCUCAUUUGAAUUAGACCUGAUUAGUCCAUAGCCACAUGUAUUUGAAUUUGUAUGUAAGGAGCCCUUUCAGCCUAUCCUGUUCAUACCAGUAGGCACUCCCUUUUCUGUUUGUUCCCAACUUCUAAUUUAUUGCUUCUGUUUUGACAAGUAAGGCCAUACUUGCAGAUAGUUGUGAGUGCACCUUUAAAAAAAAAAAAUCAAGGAAGUGAGCAAAAGCCAGGCAAUUAUAAAGUCUCAUCACAUACUUUUGCAGUUUUUUGGUUUUUGUUUGAGCACUCAGGAGCAUGCCAGAAAAAUAGGAGCACAGCUGGAAAAAAAUGAAAGCCUUGAAAAGGUGAAUAGCAGAAAGUGAUGACUGAUCCACCCACCCCAAAAGAGCAGAACAAAUAGCCUGCAUCCCUAAGUGAGGUGAUUUGGAGCCCAAUUUCUCCCAAUUUUAAUGGAUUAUCCCCAUAUCAGGUAAACCCAAAUUUACAGAGGAAAAGCAUUGAGAUUGGUAGUGUUUUAAUGGGCUAUGCAAUUUAAAUGGGAACGCCAAUAGUUGAAAGCACACAGUAAACUGGUGUGGGCAGUCCCAAGCAGCUGUCAUGCUUAUCUGCUCUAAUGCUUUGUUUGGUGCUUUAAAAAAAGGCUUUUAAAAUAAUUUAUUUAAAUUUUGAAAUGUGCUGCAGUAGAGGACGGGAGGGUGCUUUGUGACACAGACAAGUGAACCAAUCAGUGCUGUGCACAACCUGACUCUAGGAAGGAGGAGCAACAGACGGCUCCAUGAUUGACACAAGGGCCAGCCACUCAGCAUUGUGCAAAUCCAGUUUCUCCUCUAAGCUAAAAAGCUAAGGUUCUCCUUAUCCUUAAAAGAUUGUAUGUGUACAUGGGCUCUCCCCACAAAUUGUGGGUUGUCUCCAGUUCUGCUGUUCUACUAGUGCAACAGACUUCCACUCGUGCAAUAGUGUUUUCCUCUCCUCUCCCUUGCAGACCCCCACCCCCAACACCCUGAGGGUUGGAGGAGUGGCAGACGAAGCUGCUCGGGCGUCUGGGCGGUGCACCCAGUGGUGGGGUGGACCGUGGGGUCUCUGGAAUCUGCCUGCCUCUUCCCACUCAGCUGCCCUACAGCUGGGGAUGGGGGAGGCAGCUGGCGGACCAUUUGGGCAGGGCGGAACCUGUGCUUGCCCAAGCCACUGCGUCUCUCCCAGGAGAGAUGUGUGGCGCAGGCCCUGCAGUGAGUGCUGCCCGGCAUUUUGUCACCCCCCUCAGUGGUGACACAUGGGGCGGCCUGCACCUAUCGCACCCCACUUCCUCCACCACUGGUUGGAGGGCCCUUCAGACCCGAUUUUCUCCGCACAUGCUCCCUAAAUCUGUUCUGGGAUUUCCUCCAACCUUCUGGAGAUGAUUUGAGGAGGGUGCGGGGAGAAUAAGGGGAGGUGUUCUGUUGCACAAACAAAAAACCUUGUGUGAACAGAACAAGUACAUUGGAUACCACCCAUUAAAACAACCAGCAUCAAUCAAAACUAUAUAAUACAACAACCAAGACAAGCUGCAAGAAGCAGAUGAUUUUUAAAAAAAAUCAACCUCUCUCCUCCCUGCAGGACAAUAUGUUUCUUGAAUAGUCCUGUAGUGGCAGCUGGAGAAGGGAGAGGCCUCCUUGGCUGGAAAGUAGGGAGCUAGAUUACUGGUGGCUCUCCAUGCUGUUAUGUCUCCUCUUUACAUGUUUAGAUCUAUAGCGUACCCUAUAGGUACUAAUGAGGGUUGCUUGCUUUUAAAAUGUAGGUUUCUACAGAUUUUUUUUUAACUUCUAAAGAUAUUUUUCAGUCUUAAAGUGAAUUCCCCACUACUUGACUCUGUUUUGCUAGAGAUGGCAGGUCCAAUAAUGCAAAUGGCGCGCCAUAACCAGACUCGAGAGCCUGUGCCCUACGCUACUUUAUCACAGCAUGAAAAGGUGAGCACUCUCACAUAUACAAACUUGUUCAUAAAUAAAAUAAUGUAUGUGUAUAUACCUGGCCGACAUAGCUUUGUGGUAUAUUGUGGAGAAAAGAGUGUAUGUCAUGUAAUAUGUCCCUCUCCCCUCCAACAUUCUUCAGAAUAGCAUCUGUGACUCUCCCAGCACUCCAAUGCAAGUUUUUGCCAUCCUUAAACUUGUACAAAAUCUGUCCUCCUGGAAUUCUAUACUUGUCUACUCAGUAGCAGGCCUCAUUGAGUUCAGUUGUCUUGUUCCUGAGUAAGUGCAUAUGGUACGAUCAAAUCUUACGCAGGUGGGUCGCUUCUAAAGGAUCUGUGUAUAAACAGAAACCACAUAUACCCAAACCCUUGGAACCAACCCUGCCCCCAUGGCUAGUGGGUUAUGGGGAAUGAGAGAGAACGCUCUGUAAUCCCAGAGCCAUAUGCUGAGCUGGCCUUGCCCAGCAAGCAAGGCAGAGAGCUUACAAGCUCUUCACACUGGGUAACCCAAGUGGACCCACUAUGUAAAUAGUUUUUAAGCUGUUUGCUGUGUUUGUUGGGCAAGUCUCACUCAAGGCAUGGGCUCUGGGAGACUAGGGAUGCUCAUACGAGUUCUCACGGCCACUCAGCUGGCCCCACAACAUCUCAAGCAAGCAUCCCAGAGUUGGUGCUCUGACCAGGCCUUUCCCCCCAAGCAAGGCAGAGAGUUUAAAAGCUUUUUAUGAGCUGGAUAACCCCAAGCAGGCCUGUCUUCAACCGCAUAUGGUUGAAAUCGUGCAAGUUAAAUGGGUGUAAGAUGCAGUCAUGCUGUAUAGCAGGGGUGGCUACCACAGAUUUUGGGAUGGCUCACUGGGACCUCCUGACAAUUUGGCAGGAAAUCAGUGGUGAUUAAAACCCCCACCACUCAACAUUACCCUCCGCCUCUUUAAAAAGUUUCAGUUGUUGUUUGCCUUUUUUGUGCUUCCCCAAGUGCCUUCAGAAACUUUUUGGCAAUUUCAUGUGAACCAGGGCUUGUAAAAACAUCCCUUCCUGACUGCAUGUUUCAGCAUCCAGGUGCACUAUUAAUAGUGCUAGUUGAAAACUGCCUGCGAUGUCCUUGGCAGGCUGCAAAGAGGAACAGUAACUUGAUUUCUGCUGAACGCAUCACAGCUGGUGAUGGCACAGUGAUUAGCAUAAGUAGGUCAACAGAAGCUUCCUGUAGUUUUGCACCAAUGGCUGUUUGCACACUACACCUUUGAAGCACAUUCAAAUCACAUUCUUUCCCUCAAACAAUUCUUGGCACCGUAGUUUGUUAAGGGUUGCUGGGAAUUGUAAAAACUAGGUUAAACUACAGGGGAAAUAAUGUGUUUUGGAUGCGCUUUAUAGUGUGUACACAGCCAGUGUCUGAUGAAGAGAUACAGAUCUCUAACUAUAAUUCUGAAGCGCAGCCAAAGCACAGAACAGCAGAAUGCAAACAGAGCACUUUGCCGGCUCUAGAAAAUUAGUGUGCCAAGUUCCCAGGGUUCCAGGUGCUUGCCCAGAGUUCAUGCCUCCUUUUCAAAUGAGGCACAGUGGAGACUUUGGUGUCUUUAUGAUACAUGGUUUAUUUACACUUAUAUACAGCCUGAGCCUGUGAUAGCUCACAGUUCACAGCAUUAGCACUGCAAAAGGCUCUUGUUUCUCCCCUUGGAUCCAAACAGAAAUCAAACAUUCUCUCAAGCAUUGCUCUGGCUCGUCUCUCCAGCUAGCUGCUUUCCCUCUAGGUUGCAUCACUUCACUCUCUCUUUUUUCUUUUUGGGUGGCAUCACUUCACUCUCAACUCCAAACUCUAGCUUUGUCCUGCUAACUUACCAGGAGCUGUGAGAGGGGCCUCACCCACUUGCCAUCUCACACAGAGCUUCUUUCCUUUGUCUCCCUUAACAGCCGGUCACCAGGCUAUCACCUCAACACAGGGUUUAUAUUUUAACACUUGUUGGAUCCAGGGGUCAGAAGGAUCUCGCAUACAGCUUACUUCCCCCAACCCCAAAAUCGCGACAUUAUAUUGUUGGAGAUGGAGCUUUUUGUUGGGCAUUGGCACGAAGGUGCAGGAAGCACCAUAGCAGAUAACUUCUCCGCUGCAAGGAAGAAAUGGGUGAAGAAAAUGCCCAUGGUCACGGUGGUGGUUGCUGCCUUUGGGCAAGUUCCUUGGAUAUGGGUACUUAAUUACCUGGCCACCUUUCUGCUGAGUAUAUGCUUCUGCCUGAAUCUAUGUGCAUCAGCCUGCCUGUGUAAGCUACUCUUCUGCUGAUUUGCGAGCGUGUGUGCCUCAAGCUGAGAAAGGUUAGCCACUCCUGGCCUACCCCUCACAUAGUGCCCUUCCCAAACACUCCCUCUUUUUUGUUCACCCACCACUGCCAAUUGCAGCGAUGGGCAUCUUGCUAGUAUUAUCUUCCUGUUGUCAUAACGUUAGCUCAGCCUCUGCAUAUCAGUACUAACAGGAUCAAAAGCAUGCACUAUCUUGGGUUUCUUCAAUACAGAUGUCUAUAUUGAAUUCAGUCCACCUGGUCUUUUGCAUUGUCUUCUGUUAUUUUUAGUAUAAUGUGAGGGGAAAUUACUUUUAAGUAGUUUCUGUUUUCCCCUGGUUGUUGAAGGAGCAGUAAGUCUAUAUUUGUCAGUCUGCAAGCACUUCCUUGUCUUUUGUUUGAUUCCUUGGACCUGUAUUUGUAUGGAGUCAGAAAGCAAGGUCAGCUUUCAGUUUUAGUGAGAAAACUGCAUCCAUUUCCUUAAGUGCCGCUUGACUUUCAGACACACAGAGGUGGGAAAGUGGCCUCAAGCGCCCGCAAGUAACCUAGAUCCUACAAAUAAAUUUUCCAGUAUUCCUUUUGACUCAAUUCAGAUGUAAUAACAAACCAAUAAUCAUUAUUAUGAGAAUGAGUAGGUGUUCCUUCUUGGUUCGCUCAUUCCUUCAUACGCAAGGUGAGAUUAAAAGCAGAAGCUUCUAAUUUGUGUCAAACCAUAGUUUCCUGUUUUCAUCCAAAUGCAAAAAAACUGUCAUUUCACAGACCAACGUUUGCCUCAUUCCAAGAUCCCAAACCAGCAUCAAAUCGUGGUUUGUCAUUACAUCUGAACUGAAUUUAUAUGGCCAUAAGUAAGGGCAAUAAAAGUGGUAUUUAUCAGCUUUAAUGCAAUUAUACUACUCCUAGCCUUCCAUGUUAAAUUGUGCUACUGUCUCUGCAUUUACUCCCUGAAGUAAAGUCUCUGAAGUUGUUGUUGUUUUUUUGUAGUUUUCUUCUUCAUUUCUCAUUAGCCAUAAUAAUUCCAUGCAAAUGCUUUAUGGAAGAGUCACUUCAUCCCCUCUCUGUCCUGUUCCAACCCAAAACUGCAUGCAUGCCUUAGAAAAGUUGGAUAUUCUGUCUUCUGAAACAUUGCAAUUUGUCUAUACAGCUGUUGCUCCAAAGAUGUGCAGGAUAGUUCCUGGGACUGCUGAAGACAUUGUUUUGCUUUCUAUAUUUUUUCUGCACCAAAAGGAGUUGGAUGUGCAGUUGUUGUUUUCUUUCUUUCCCCACCUGCAUUGAUGAGUUUCCUCCCUUCUCACUUUCCAUUGAGCUAGCAAACUUGACUCCUAUAAUAUAAACAUACAGACUUACCGGCUCCUGCAUUUUAAAAACCCUUACAUUAAUAAUUAAUCAUUCAUUUCUGUGUCUUUAGUAAUUUUUGUUUAGCUUGCCUGGGUAGAUUGCACCCUUUAGGGCAGGGUUAUACUUGUGGUUACGAGCUCUGUUUUUACAGUGUGCAUAAGAGAAAAAGAUGUAACAGCCGGGAUAAUAAACCUACCCUAGUGAUAACUGACAAAAUAACUAUUUAAGCAACUUUUCAAUGCUGUGGAGCUCCAGGUUAAUGCUUUUAUUAAUUCAGGAACAAUGAUCUAAAACAGUGACACCUUUUAUUAAAGUAUAUUCUGUAGAUAGGACAUUGUUAUAAACUGUUUAUUAUCCCGACAAAUAUAUUUUGAAGAAUUUCCCAAUUAUCUGUAGUGAUUUAGAGAAGCAAUAAUGAUUACCUUAAUGAAAAGCAUCCUAAUACCUUAUGCUGUGUUGAGUUUGCUUUAAUGCAGCUGAUUCUUUAAAAAAAAUAAAAAACUUGGAAGAUGUUACAACCUGUCGCAGUGGAGAAAUCUAUAUUCUCUUUGUAACGGCCAGUUUUUGCCUAACAAUAUUGAGAUGUAUCUGGCCUAUGCUAUCAGCCUUUCUGUUUGGCUAGUCCAUGCAAAGAACCAGAGUGGUGUAGAAUAUUGAACUAAAGCUGGGGAGACCUGGUUCAAAGUCCCACUCUGCCAACAACCUCACUUUGGGCCUAACCUACCUCACAGGGUGGUUGUUAGGCUAAACAGAAAGUGGGGAGAACAAUGUCUGCUGCCUUGAGCUUUUUGGAGGAAAAGCGGAAUAUAAAUUUAGUUACUAUUUAGUUAAAACAUCAAUUAUCUUGUAUAUUUUGAUAAGCAACAGUACCAGCUUUCAUUUGUUAAGCAGCUUGGGGUAAUUGGAGGGGGGAAAGGAUUUCAUGUUGUUGAGAUGACUUGAUGUUAUAAAUGCAAAGAAGUUGAAAUAUUAAAGAAACCUAUUUUCUUAAAAAAAAAAGUUAAUAUUUGCCAGUGAAGAUGCAACACUUCAUUUGCACAGGACGGACUGUGAGUUACUCUUCCCUUUCCUCCAGUGCCAAAGCUUUACUCAGUACGUAAUUCCCAUCCUGUGCUGUUUGAGUGCCUAGCUCUCACUAACUCUUUUUCCUUCUUGGUUCAGUGUGAGGAGAUAGCGUACGAGGAACGACUGUACCCAGCUGGGAAAUGGGCAUGCAUUACCAGAGGAGAACCCAAAUAUGAGCAAAGCAUCUCUAUGGGUUUCAUGAAACUAAUACGGUACAUCUGCAAGGAGAACUCCCUAGGUAUGUGGAAGCACGUGUCAUCGUGGCAGGGACAUGGAAGCCUGCAGCAGCUAGACCCACUGGAACUGGAAAGGUCACAGUUGGGUUUCUGCAGAUCCUCCUCUUUCACUCUGGUGUCUCUAUGUGUGUUUUUAUCUAGGCCGCCAGUUGGGGAUGACAGUGCCAGUGAUCAACGAGAUCCACCUGAACAAGGAGGGCACAGAAUUGCUUCAAGAAGUCAUCACUGCCUAUUACCUCCCUGAAGAAUUUCAACCUAACCCCCCUCUCCCCUUGGACCCCGACAUCCAGAUACAAGAGAGAGCACCACUUCGGGUUAUCUCCAGGUGGGCCCUGACUCAUGCAUGCUAGGAAUAUGUUUUAUGUGCCACAGGUCUCUAAAGGAAGGAAGGAAGGAAGGAAGCUUGCUUAUCCUAGCUGGGAGAAAGGGAAUGCAUGGCAGGGAAGAAAGUGGCUAAGUGAGAUCCCAUUAUGGAGACGGGAAAGAAAGCUGGCUCUCUCCAAUUCCCCCACCCUCCAAGAUGUAGUGAAGGAUAGAGGGAUGGGUGAGCAGAGAAACAGUUACAGCACUAGAUCUUUAUGGGCAAUUGUUUUGUUGUUCACCUUGUGUAAAGGGUGUUUUAUGGGACCACCACAGAAGAAACAAUCCUGCGGGAGAUUCACCUUCUCUGGGAGUUGCUGGGCUCCACAGACAAUGUGCUCCGCGAAACCUACUUGGUGGCUGCGUACCAGAACCCUGGCGUCCCUAACCGCCGCAAUGAGAUCUGGUUUAUCCGGCGAGCAGACUGAGAGCACCUUGAAUCCCUGACAAGAUUACAAUCCACCCUCCGUGACUGGAUCCGGUUUAGAUGGCAGUUUUGAAGGAGAGGAAUGCACAUCCUGACUCACUGUAGAAUAGAUGAAGUGCUCCUUCCCCCCCUGCGCGAACCAAGGAGUUACUAGCACAGAUCUCCCCGAGAUGGUUUCCACCCUACUCCUGCAGGGGGUGCUGUGGUGUUGUCGAUGGAGCUGGCGUUGGAAGGAACAAGGGGUGUCUGCUUCAGUGGGCCCUGAGUGCAGCCGUGCCACAUUUGGAUGAAGGCGCAUUAGGAGCACAGGAAGCUGCCUUAUGCUGAGUCAGAUCAUUGGUCCAUCUAGUUCAGUAUUGUCAUUGCUGACCGGCAGUGGCUUCUCAGGUGUUCAGGUAGGGAAACAUUCCCGGUCCCACCUGGAGAUGCCAGGGAUUGAACCUGGGACCUUCUGAAUGCAAAGCAGUUGCGCUACCACAGAGCCAUGGCCCUUCCCCCUCCUCGGGGAUUGUAUCAGGGAUUGUAGCUGUUGUGCAACCCACAGCUCACAUUCCAAGGGUUAGGUAUCAAUCCUGAAACGAAUCUAGCAAGAGCAGGCCAGAACACCACUGCCUACAGCCGUGCCCAUAACUGGCAAAUGCUGAUGUACUGGGGCACAGGUUAUGACUAAGUUACUUGUAGAAGGAGGGUUUCACUUCUGAUGCCUCGGAGUAUCCCUUUUAGCCAUGCGCACGAGAAGCUGCUAGUCAGCUUUGUUAUCCAACAGCAGAAGAGCCGUUCCCACAGUUUGGGAUGAGGUAGCUGUAGACUUCCUUGACUGGAAUAAUGUGAACACCUGUCCAGGAGCAAAUGGGAAAAUCCCCGCCAAAGGGCUAAGGCUCAAAGGGAGAUCUGAGAAGCAGAGAUCUCUGGCCUAUAAGUCCUCCUGUUUUCCCAAGAGCACAUAGAGAGAUAAAUGCCACCCACUGGCUACCUCCUGCCUAUGAGCCAGUUUCUCAAUCAGGCAGGCUUGGUGCGAGCUGAGCAGGCCACAUAGUACGUGUUAAGUUGUCGCUGGCAGCAUUUUUGUCGCUGUGUGUUGCGUUGUGCAUUGACUGGUUGGUAUCACACUCAUGAAUGCUGCUGUCCUCUCCCAAAGAAGGCUGGUAGCACAAAGCAAACCUGAAAUAAAAUCUAGCCCGACCCUCUCUGUGUAUCUCAUUUUACUGACUUUCGUGACAUUCGACUCCAGUAACCAAUGGGGGUCACCACUCAGAUGGAAGAUCCAGAAACAACACAAAACCCUGACACCCAGAGAGUAUCCAAGUGACAUGCAAGACAUCUGCUUGCUCAGAAUCAGGUAGGUCAUUUUGAUACAAAGGAGCAGGCUAUCACCAUGCUGUCUUCUUAAACUGAUGUGAUCAGGGAAGGCACUAAAUAACCACCGUGCGUCUCCACAACUCAAGAAUGGGGAAUACGUCUGCAUUAGGGAUCAGAUCUGACCAUGAGAAAUUGAAAGUCUUUCCCUCUUCAAGGAAAAUUGGAUAAGAUGAUAUGCUUCUGUUAGUUAUGUUCUGUGGCCAGUAUAUAAUAGCCACUUACCAAUAUAAAUUCCCACUCAGCUGCGCGUCUGUAAAUGCUUUUUUUCUUUUUUCAGCAGUGAAGGGUGUGCAUUGCCUUAUAAUUUGGAAGCCAUAACCUUGACAUUGGAAGCAUAACCUUUUAAGUUAAUUGGAGUGAGU